AGCCACUCUUUAUUUACGAAUAACUCGUCAGUACUUUAGUGCCGCGGUGAGAUUUAGAGAUAGAUAAGUACUGUGCGCUGGCGGGGUGGGCACUACUGCCACUAGCAGUACCUCUUAGCCUCCUUGCGAGGAGUAUGUGGAUCGGACCAUACCCCGACUGAAAUAUCACUGUUCAGAUAUGCUCGGUAUAACUCUACCCCCGCGAUGACUGACGAGAAUGGUUGGGCUCCUUCUCGCUGUUUUGGGUGUCCGGAACUGGGUUCAUGAUCAUUGGCAUGGCGAUGAAGACUCCUUGAUGGCAUCCAGCACACCUUUACGAAUGGGCGUACAUCUUUCUGCUUUUGUCAUGACCGAACGUAGGUUCGGUCAAUUUCUUUGAAUGCGAUCAUGUCAAAUGCAUCAAGUUUCGGUCAAUUUUGAUUUUCAUCACACUGUGAUGCUCAGAACUUUGGACAUACCGGUUACACUCUUUCGCUCCAACUGCGUCUCAAUAUGAAGUAAUUUUACGCCAUUGGAAGGUCUUUGGAAGAGAAAGUGUGUACUCAUCGUGAUUCAGAUCAGUUGAUUGUAUGCAAGAAAAUUGAACAUUCUUCGCAAGACAGCGGAGCUAUACAUGCUAGUGUGCCUGCUUGAUUUGAAGUGCAGAUGGUAACUUUACAAUUCUCCCUUCGGGCAACAAGCUCUUGCCUGAUCAACACGCUGACACCUACCACGAAACAGAGAUCGGCUAGUUGUCAGAUAUCACCAAGGUUCCAUGCGUGCAUCAGUGGCAAGAUGUCGGCAUGGAGAUAUCACUUCCAAGGAUAGGGUCUCUUUCUCGAAGGAAACCUCAGCUCUUCCUCCUUUUCGAGAGCCACUUCUCCAAGUCUAGGUGCUGGUUGCCUGACUUUUGCCCUUCUUCAUCGUUCCCAACUGUCACGACAUUCACGACACACUCUCUUUCUUCAUCCUUUGUCCAACGACCAUACUAUCCUCAUCAUGAAGUCUACUGCCGUGAUACUCGCCCUUGCGCUCACAUCUGUCCCAGCGUUCGCUUCGCCUGUUACCCGUUCUGACAGUGGGGAACUCCAGGCUCGCGGUGGCGGCAAGAAACCUAAGAGUAGCGGAGGCGGUGGAAUCUCAUUUGUACCGUUUCAAAUCCCCGUUCCUCAAGCACCACCACCUCCGGCGUUCUUACCUCCGCCGCCCGCGCCAGUUCUUCCUGCACCUGCAGUACCGGCGACGUCAUCACCUACACCAGUUCAGCAGCGUGACUUCGCAGAACUAAAGACCAGGAAGAACACUGCAAAACCCAAUGUACCGAAACCAGCCAAACCCGCUACAGAUGUGAAACCACCUAAGUCACCAAAGACUGGAGGUAGUAGCAAUUCCUUUGGUGGAUUCCCGAGCUUCAUACCUUUGCCUAUCCCGCUCCCUCAGCAACCACCUGCUCCGGUCUACUUACCUCCGCCUCCGCCUCCUCCUGUCGCACCCGCACCCCCUCCACCAGCUGCACCUGCGCCUCCACCGCCCGUCCAAACUGCACCCACGCCUGCAGCGCCUGUGGGCCCCACGGCAUCGGUCACGCCACCUCAGAGGAGGAGGCUUGAGCAGCUUCUUGCGCGAGGUGGGAAAUCUAAGUCAAAGAACAAUAUUCAAAUUCCUUCGCCUUUUCCCGUGCCUCAAGUUGCCGCUCCUUACCCUCCUUAUCCCGCACCAUACCCGCCUCCAGCGUACCCGCAGCAAUUCAGGCGGGAAAUAGAGGAGCUCCUAGCUCGAGGCGGAGGGAAGUCAAAAGAUAAGACCGGGUUUCAAAUUACAUUGCCCAUCCCAGUUCCAGUUCCUCAAGGAGCUCCAGUUCCAGUUUAUCCUUCUGCUUACCCCGCUCAAUUUAGACGUGAGCUUCUGGAACUCAUCGCGCGCGGUGGAAAGUCAAAGAACAGGGGAGGGUUGCAGAUAAGUUUCCCGAUACCAGUGCCGAUGCCUGCUGCGCCUCAGGCGUACCCCCAAGCGUAUCCCCAAGCGUAUCCUCAGGCAGUACCUCAGGCAGUGCCCCAGGCAGUCCCGCAGGCGGUUCCCCAAGCCGUCCCUCAGGCGGUCCCUCAACAGCAAAGACGCGAGGAAGUGGUCUCAAUUGACGAUCUUGAUUGAACGAACUGAAUGUUGCAGCGUGUUAUUAGUCCCUACUGUUGUCGUUCAUUCAAUUGUACAGUAGGAACGGUUGACAAGGACGAUUCGUACACGUUUUCUG